CAACCGGAAGUUGUUCGACGAAGAGCGACUCUCUCAAAGCGGCUUCCUGCCUGUGCGACUUACGGAUCUCACAGUUCACCAUGAACCCGCUGACGAAGGUGAAGCUGAUCAACGAGCUUAACGAGCGCGAGGCGAACCUCGGGGUCAAAGACUCCGUCUCCUGGCACAGCGAGUACAGAGACAGCGCCUGGGUGUUUGUGGGUGGAUUCCCGUACGAGCUGACUGAGGGCGACAUCAUCUGCGUCUUCUCUCAGUAUGGAGAGAUCGUCAACAUCAACCUGGUGCGAGACAAGAAGACCGGGAAGUCCAAAGGGUUCUGCUUCAUCUGCUUCGAGGACCAGCGCAGCACCAUCCUGGUGGUGGACAACCUGAACGGCAUCAAGAUUAAAGGUCGGACUAUCCGCGUGGACCACGUCAAGGACUACCGGCCUCCCAAAGACACGGAGGACAUAGACGACAUCACCAAACACCUGAGGGAGCAGGGCUGCGGCCCCAAAACCAACGCCCCCCCCCCUUCCCACUCGUCCUCCUCGUCUGAGGUGGAGGAAGAGGAGCAAUACGGCAUACCCGUGAAGAAGAGCAAAAAAGACAAGAAAGAGAAGAAGAAAAAGAAAAAAGAGAAGAAGAAGAAAAAGAAGGAGGCGAAAGAACGAGCGGGUCUGGACUCCUCCUCUUCCUCACCUCCUCCUGUCAGAGUCAAAGAGGAGAAGGAGGACGCCGCCUACCACAAGUAUGACCAGAUGGGGGCGCCACUGGGGAGGGAUGAGAGCAGAGACGCUGAUGGAGACAGGAAGGAGAGAGACAGGGAGGGAGACAGGAGGGAGACAGACAGGGAGGGGGAGGGAGACAGGAGGGAGAGAGACAGGGAGGGAGACAGGAGGGAGAGAAAGGGAGACAGGACAGAGAGAGACCGGGUGGGAAGGAGACGGGGAGGCGGGAGGAGAGAGGAGGUGGAAGGGGAAAAGGAGAGAGACAGACUGGGAAGGAGACAGGAGGAGGGAGACAGAGGGAGACAGGAAAAGGAACUGGGACAGGGUUGAAGACAGAAGAAGAGACAGAUAGUUCUAGGACGAGGACAGAUGUAACCAUGGAGAUAUUACUGACUUCAGGACAUCGUCUUUCCCCCAAAUGUCUCCGAACAAGAUGGCUGAUGAGUUGUUUCUGUUGCCAUGGAAACAUUUCCUUCAUUUGUUAACACAACCAUCUGUUAGCUUAGCAUGAACUGUUAGCCUAACAAGAAGAAUUAAGAUUUAGUUUUUUAAAAAUGUAAACAAAUAUAACAAUGUCAACAGUUGUUACGUCUCAAACAUUCUGUUCUCAGGUCAGUUUUGGGCUUCUUCUUUGACCCCGUUUGACCUUUGGAUCCCCAUAACUUCAUUGUUUAAUGUUUUUACCUGUUAACUGAAGGUGAAGAUUCUGAAUCAUCUGCACUCGUCAGAGGAAACAUGAUCUUCUGUAAGCUGAUAAAUGCUGUAGUAAAAGAGAAAUGUUUGUGCUCCUCGUUCA